CAAGCCAUUUGGCUGCUCCAGGCCGGCCCGUUAGGGGCGCCAUGUCUUAUGGCUGUGGGACCCUUGCUGCGCCCGGGGCGUUCAACCUUGGCAUAGCUGCAGCAUCGCGUUCCAACGGCAAGCAAAAUGGGCUGCCAGAAAAUCCUCGCCACGAGCGAAUCCCAAAGGAGGCUAUUGAGGAGCUCCAUGGUGUGAACGAGUCGAAGGAGCCCAGCCGGCUCUGGGGCCAAGUCAAGGCCACCAAGCUCGGAGGCAUCGAGCGCGUUGAUAGCGUGGGAACACUGUGGACCUGCGGCGACUACUGGAAUGUAGAUAGCAACAUCUCGAAGUGGGGAGCCCACGAGGUCCGCCGCAAUGGCGCCUGUGCAAGUCACGAUGUGCAUCGUCAUGAUCAGAUCACACGGCUCGUCCUGCCUCCCAAGCCAGGAGAUCCGAAGCCCCCGCGGAACUGCGUGAGCGGGGUGGUUUCUCCGGACUGCUGCUUCUUGGAGGCCUGGGGCUUCGACCUGGGCCUGCGAGACCGGCAAGGACGAAACACCACGCUGUGGAGGCCUGCCGGGCGGAGCGAGAUGUUCCGCUCGGAGCGGAGCUUCGACCGCAACACGGAGCGGAUUCUGGCGAAUUACAAGUCUCUGCGUCGGACUGCGACACUUCCCGGCACCCUUAUGGCGCAGACGCUGAAGCCGGAGGAUGUUGGGGGCGAGGCCGGCGAGCUCAGCGUGCCGGAUGAUGCCACCAUGCUGCGAGCAGGGCGUACCUUCGGCUCUCGCAGCUGCUAUGGCUGGGACAGGUAUGACCACACGUGCUACCGCGAGGCCGCGAAGAUGAGCUGCGCAGUUCAUUGCCCCGCCGAGAAGGAGCACGCGGAGGGCUACCCCUUCAAGGAGCUUGACUUGAAUCCGGCUGCCGUGUACACUAAGAAGUUUCGACUCAGCGGCGAGACAAGUUUGCGGUCGCACCUUGGCAAGUCGACCCGGGUACCGGCGGGACUUGGCCAAAUGAGAUGAGACCGCGCGAAAGGCACAGGUAGGCCACAGGUGGCACCCGGGUUUGGGAUGGGUUUUAGUCCGUGGGCGCA